GGGAGGCAGAGAAGCGCGCCGAUCACAGCGUCCGGGCAGAGGAAUAGGCGAGGUGGAGCUGCAGUGAGGUCCGCGCAACAUCUAAUCUCUAAUCAGGAUCUGCAGUAUUUUGCCGGAAUGUCCGGGAUGGAUGAAAGCGGUACCUCAGUGGUGGAAAACGGAACCCUUCGGCACAUCUCUCCCACGUUCGUCCCCAGAUCGUCAAUGUCGUCUCCGGGUAGAGCUGGAGGCGUGUCCGUGUACGUGUGGCUGUUCCUGGGCCUCCUGCUGUUCCUGCUAACCCUGCUGGUCAUCGCCCUCCACAGGCUGAAGAACAUCAUCUCGUCGUCCGGCUCGUCGUCCGGCUCCUCAUCCUGCGGCGAGCCUCGGGGCUCCUUCACCAACGUGGAGAUCGGCAGCAUCCCGUCCUCGCGGAGGUCCACCGUCUCCUCGCUGUGCGCCUGAGGCUCACGUGCACUCGCGUGUGGGCGCAGAAAGACAUGUGCAGCCGGGCUGUAGCAAAAACUUGGGGCGAAUGA